GGAGACUGGGACGAGGAUUUCGACUGGUUCGUCUGGCUCUACUUGGAGAGGUGAGUUGGAAGCUCCAGAACGCUACCAACUCAAGGUGGAGUGUUGGAUGUUUUCACUUCAUGCACCCGUGGCUCAAGUGGCCCAAGUUCUAGCGUAGAAAAGGGCGCGCGGUUCGCUUUUGCGGUUUCUUUGAUUUCUCUUUCAUUCGCGCUGCCACCUUUCCUUCACCUAUACUUCUGCCCUUUGCUUUGCUUUUGUCCAGCCCAGGUUUCAACCUAAAGCACACAAUAGCACUCACUUGUCGCUCUUUGGUUCUCCAGAAUGAGCAACUCUAGGCGGCGCACUGCAUGGACAGACUACAAGAUCGACGAAGACUGCCACGGCCAAGAUAAAGACGCCGAAGAGUUGCGGCAGAGAUUGUCGCGGCAGUCCACUGCUGAGACAGAUCUUGGGCGGGCUUGCGGCGUGGCUCGACCGGGCUGGGAUCCCUUGGGCCUUGCCGACGAAUCUGAACUGGAUAGCUUGGUCUCCAAGCUCGAGCCCCCUCUCCCGGCUGAAGACACGACCUUUGACUGGACCAUAGUGGCCAUAAGCCGUGAGGUGGAACUCAAGAAUGGCCGCAGCGCAAUGUUCGCCUGCCUGGGCUACAUCAUGCUGGAGUGAGGACUUCCGCCCUCCUUGGGCUGGCACAGAGAUGUUCCUGAUGAAGAAGAGAGACCCUGGCCCUGUCCCAAAAAGUUUAUUCACGCAAGCUGAGUGUGUCCCGGAAUGCCGCAUUUUGCAGUCCGGCGAAUACAGUUAUACGAAGCCAAUACCGUUCACAGAGUUUUUUUUAUAUGAGAUAUUCCAAACUUCAACAUCGACAGGUCUGUCUGCAGGUUUGGUUGAAUAGAUGAUACUCAUGAUCAAUGAUCAAUUGUUACUAUCAAUUUGGUGCAACUUGGCUGACUUUUGCAAUGGAUGGCUAAAAUAUGCUAAAAUCAUCCUUUGGCGCCUAUCGCGAUGGGAAGUUAAUUUUAAAAAGCGCGGGGGUCUGGAGAAUUUGGAUCUCAGCCUUCCAGCGCGUUUGGACCCAAGGGAUCUAAGCAAGCGUUGAAGAUCAUUGAUGGACCCUCAUUGUUUUACUUUGGGAGGGACAAGAAGGGCCACUUUUCCAAGCCUGCGGAUGUCCGGCAGCUCUUGAUGCCUUUGGUCAAGUGUGCCAACAGGUGCAUGAUCCAAC